GCCUUCUGAGCGCUUGACUGAUUGGUGGAUGUGGGCCCGUCAUUUUUUUCUUUUUUCUUUCACGAGGCUUUCCCCGCGACGACACCAGGCGCCGUCGGCACAGGCCAGCUGCCUCGAGCUCGGCGGAAGGAAAGGGGGCGGCGCGCGCGAGAAGCAUCGAGACGAAGCGGAGAGAGAAUGGGGGCGCCGCUCUGCCGCCUCCCGCUCCUCCUGCUCCUCCUCCUCCUGCUCCUCUCGCCGCAGGGGACGAGGUGGCCGUCGGUGGCCACGGCGGCGGCGAGGCGCAUCGCGCCGCUCCCCACCGCCGCGCUGCGCCGCCUCUACGAGACCUCCAACUACGGCAUGCUGCAGCUCAACAACGGCCUCGCCCUCGCGCCCCAGAUGGGGUGGAACAGCUGGAAUUUCUUCGCCUGCAACAUCACCGAGACGCUCAUCCGCGAGACAGCUGAUGCAUUGGUCUCUACGGGGUUGGCUGAUUUGGGAUACAACUACGUAAACAUCGAUGACUGUUGGUCAUAUGUGAAACGAGGAAAUAAGGAUCAAUUGCUACCUGAUCCAAAGACUUUCCCUUCUGGAAUCAAAUCACUUGCGGAUUAUGUGCACGGAAAAGGUCUAAAACUUGGCAUCUACUCUGACGCUGGGGUAUUUACUUGUCAAGUUCGACCAGGAUCGCUCCAUCACGAAAAUGACGAUGCUGCCCUUUUUGCUUCAUGGGGUGUUGACUAUCUAAAGUACGACAACUGUUACAAUCUGGGAAUACCGCCAAAGGAAAGAUAUCCUCCAAUGCGUGAUGCUCUAAAUUCAACUGGGCGCCAGAUAUUCUACUCCCUAUGUGAAUGGGGCCAGGAUGAUCCAGCUUUAUGGGCCGGAAAAGUUGGAAACAGUUGGCGUACAACAGAUGACAUACAGGAUACAUGGAAAAGCAUGACUGACAUUGCUGAUAAGAACAACAAGUGGGCAUCAUAUGCUGGACCCGGUGGAUGGAAUGACCCAGACAUGCUGGAAGUUGGAAAUGGUGGCAUGACCUUUGCAGAGUACCGUGCACAUUUCAGCAUCUGGGCACUCAUGAAGGCACCUCUCUUAAUUGGUUGUGAUGUCAGAAAUAUGACUUCACAAACAAUUGAAAUAUUGAGCAACAAAGAAGUAAUUCAAGUAAACCAAGAUCCUCUCGGAGUCCAAGGAAGAAGAAUUUUGGGUCAAGGAAAAGGUGGAUGCCGUGAGGUGUGGGCUGGCCCCCUCUCUGGCAACCGUUUGGCCGUUGCUUUAUGGAAUCGUUGUUCAGAGACUGUUAAUAUCACGAUGACAUUGCCUGCUGUAGGCCUUGAUGGUUCGUCUGCCUAUUCUGUUAGAGAUCUGUGGAAGCAUGAGACUCUAUCGGCGAACGUGGUAGGAACUUUUGGAGCCCAAGUCGAUAUGCACGACUGCAAGAUGUACAUUUUCACACCCGCUGUCGGUUUUUCUACAAGUCGGUGAUAGAAAAAGGUCAAAGCCACGCCACGCACUAUAUCAGCAUGCCUGGAAACAAACUUUGGUCAAUCAUCCAACUUCCAGGUCACAUGGUAUAUAUAUGUAUCAGCCUGUUUUCGUCAAAAUACUCGAUCAAUCAUAUAUCCAGCAUGAUGCAAAAUUUACUCUCAA